GCAGUAUAAAUUAGCAGAAAGCUCCCUAGACGUUCCUCCUCCUAUCUAUCUACCUCUAUCUCUCUCUUCCUUUGCUUUGGAACAACGCUUCUCUUUCGGCUUCAUUUUCCGUCUGAAUUCCAUUGUGAAUGGUGGAAAUCCUUAGCGAUCGGUUGAUGAUUUCCCCCUUCUCUCCAAGGGGGAUCUUGGCAGCCUCUGUUUUCUUCUUCGGAUCUUGCAAGGAAGGCUGGUACUACCGCUGCCUCGGCGUCGACCCCUGAAUUCUCAUCACGCCUUCACUGUUUGUUCAUUUUUCUCAUCUUUCCAAAUAACUUUGAGAUUAUUCAUCUCUUUUUCCCCCUUUUUAUCUCCCGAUUGAUUCAAUCGAUAUCGAUCUCAUUUGGGAAUUUUGAAAAAAUAUCAAAAAAACAACAAAUUUUAUGAGAAUGUUGCUUCCUAAGCAGAAGAAGAGUCAGACUGGCAAAGGCAAUCGUCUCUUAAUCAGCAUCACUGUCAUCGGUAGCGCAGGACCCAUCAGAUUUGUCGUCAAUGAAGAAGAUAUCGUUUCUGGGGUCAUCGUCACCGCUCUCAAAACUUACGCUCGUGAGGGCCGUCUUCCUAUACUUGGAUCCGACAUCAAUAAUUUCCUUCUCUACUGUUCUCUUGCCGGAACUGAUGCUUUAAACCCGUCGAUGACAAUUGGAUCUAUUGGUGUGAGAAACUUCAUGCUCUGCAAGAAACCUCAGACUGAAAAAACCAACACUGAUGAACAACAGAAACAUGAAGUUUCUUCUUCUUCUUCAAGGAAGGGUAAUGGUAGCUGGAAGGCUUGGCUAAACAAAUCUCUCAAUCUUAAGGUCUCUAGCCAUUAGUCUAAUGUCAUCAUGGUAUUGCCAAAAACUAUGUCAGUUUGCCUUUUGGGAGUAAUGUUUCCUUUUUUUUAUCUUUCUUAUUGUUUGAAUAAAACUUCAGAACAAUGAUAAUGGGUUGAGUUCCUUCAUCAA